UCAUGGGGCUCGUUGAUCAAUAGAAUUUAGUAAUGAACAUUAUGUAGCUGGUGUUUAUUAUUAUUUAUGGAACAGAGGACCCCAACAACAACGUGUUUUGUAGUAAGUAGUAAUCAAUACCGCUUAUUAACUAUGGUGCAUACGUUACUCAAACAUGUUUCCAAAUUAUGUUUUAUAUGUUUUCCUUGUUCAACUUAACCCAUGGGUAUGGGUAUGUCUCACUAUCAUGGCAAGUUGAGCACAACUAAUACGCUUUUAUUUGCUUUUUAUACGUAAAACUAGAUUUUUUUUAUGACGUUUUGUCCCAAAUAAAUGUUCUAUAUUUGAUUUGAUAACUGUACGAGUAUAGGCAUUUCAAAGCAAUGAAUUCAAAUGUGUGUUACCAUGACCAGCUACAGUGUUAGCCGAACGGUAAUUGCAAUUGACCAUUAACCAUUACAAAUUGAGCCGUAAAUCUUAACGGACGGUUACAGUUUACAGUUCAAUUUAUAAUGGUUAAUGGGCAACGUUUGGGCCAACACUGACCAGCUACCCUAACCUAACAUUUCUGCGAAUCCGAAGUACAUACAAACUUACAACAAUAAACAAAAAUGCCCACUUAUUUAAUAGCGUAUUUGACGUUCAUAAAUGCAUUAAAUUGAUUAUCAGAUUAUCUUUGUCUUGUGUUUUUUACUAUCGACGUAAUAAAACAUUAAAUCCUAUCCUAUUGUUUUCGAUAAGACAAUAAGUUUAUAUAUAACAAAGAAAGAUACAGGUUUCUUCGACUGUUGUUCAGUAAUCUUUUGAUAAAUAACAACAACUAUAAAACGAAAAUGCUGCCGAACGAGACCGAUUCGCCUAUUGACCGUGACCCCGAGAUUGUACAUUAUGCGACAAAUAACGACAAGCACACUACACCGGCAUCUAAGGAUGACUACAGUCUGAACAUCUUUCAGUCGUCGUUGAAUCAGCUUGUUCAUAUUCUUAUAGGGAUUAUUGUGGGAGUGUCUUUGUUGUUCGCGCUGCGUGACGGCUUUCCGACCGAUGCUACGUCACAACACGUCAUUUUAUGCGUUCUCGGGUACCAACUACUGAUGGGCCAAGCUAUCCUCAGCCUGAGCCCCCACAACGGCUGGUCGUCGCGACUGAAGCUAGUGCACAAGCGCCGUGCUCACUGGAUCCUGCAGGUGCUCGGCUCCAGCCUGACCCUAGCCGGUUGCCAUAUUCAGGUCGUCGACAAGGGCGUUUAUUGGAACACAAUGUCUCAUACUUUGCAUGGAAUGUUCGCGCAGCUCUCCAUGGUAUUUUCAGUAGUGUCUCUGGCAAACGGUCUCACGUCACUCUACGCCAACGAGCUCAGCAAGUUCCGCGUUCCACCGAGCCUCUCCAAGCUCACCCACAUCUGCUUCGGCAUCGUCGGCUUCACCACCGCCUCCAUCGCCCUCUGCUUCGGUUUUGACAGAAUUGAGUUCAGAAAUUGGGCAUCUGAUAGCUUUACUACAUCAAUGAUCAUAUUUGUUGCCACUUUUACUACUAUUAUUAUUAUCAACCCAUUCAUCACUUUUUAUAAUAAAAGUCGUGUAUUAUUUAAAAAUAAUUUAUAA